AUGCCGGGCCUCAAGAGCGACCGCAUCGGCUGGAUCAAGGAGGUGACGACGUGCGCGUACCUCAUGGUCGUCAACACGCCCCGGCUCUGCAACGACGUGGCGUUUCUGCCGCCCAAGCAGACGAGCGCCAACCCCAUCAGCUGCCGCCUCAUCCUCGACACGAGCGACCCCGAGGCCAGCGCCGCGUGGCACCGGCGCAAGACGCUCGAGGCCGAGGCGGCCAUGGUGCGCGGCGAGCGCGGCGGCAGCGGCGGCGGCGACGCGCGCUUUGCGGAGAACGCGCGGCCGGACCUCGACGCGGCGUCGUUCCGUCAGCAGGAGGAGCCCGUCACGGUUGGCGGGGUCCUCGUCGGCGGGCGCAAGGUGCUCAGCGAGGCGGACGAGGAGGGCAAGCCGCCGGCCGUGCUGAAGCCGCCGCAUAACUUUCUGCCCAACAAGGCGCAGGCGGGCAAGCCAAAGGCUCCAGCGGCGGCGGUGGCGCCAGCGGCGGCCGACGAGGCCGAAGCGUACGAGACGGAGACGAUCGCAUCACGAAAGCACAAGGCCGAGGGCGGCGAGCUGUGGAUCCUCUCGGACGAGGAGCUGGAGGAGCUGGAACUCAACCCCGAGACGGUGGAGGACAUGCGGCAGGAGAUUGAGAAGCUCGCGGGCGACAAGGGCUGGAAGCUCGAGGUGGUGGAGGCGCCGGGCGAGGCCCGGGAGCUGCGCGGCUACGUUGACGAUGACGAGGAUGAUGCCAAGGCCAAGGCGCAGGCGAAAGCCAAGGCGGCGGGCCAGAAGGGGCCCGACGCAGAUGAAGAGGACGGUGUGGGCAGCGAAGAGCAGUUUUACGGAGACUGGUGA